AUGGAAACUAAACCAAAAAGUGAACAUCCGUUGGAAUUAAAAGGUGAUGAGAAUAAUUUUAUUGUCGCUUUGAAUUGAAAGAAGAUGGAACAUUAUUUAUUUUAAUAUUAACUAGAAUAAUACCAAUCUUUAUUUUGUAUUCUUUUUAGUAAUGAGAUUAACAAGGCCUAUGCUUGCAAGUCCAAUAGUUGUUACUUGUGAUUCGACAGAUCUUCCUGGUAAUACUUUAAAUAAUGAGCUUAAGAACGAUUGUACUGCUUUGCAAGGAAUGGAAACUCUCGCGAUAGGACAGUUUAUGGUAUUACCACAAAGUUUUGGGCAGACUUACAAACAAGUACUCAGAUGAUAUCUCUUUGUGGCAACAAUAGAGAAAUGAAAGAUUUAGCACCGGAUAAUACAGUUGACGAUGUCAUACAUCACGAAGUAAAAGAAAUAGGCACCCAUAUAUUAGUGUGCGAAGUAACUUAUACUCUGGCAAAUUUAGGCAGUACUCCACAAUCGUUUAGAAAAUAUUUUAAAUUUCAAGUAAUAAAACCAUUGGAUGUUAAGACAAAAUUUUAUAACGCGGAGUAUCGACGUUAAAUACAAAUGAAAAGGGUGAAUCUAUUUAUGGAUCGGUUAAUAUAUUAGAUACCGAUUGCAGUAGACAAUAUUUAUAUUGUUUAAAACCACAGUUAAGUUUAUUGAAAGAUCCAAAAAUGAUGCAUAAUGCGACAAACAUUGGAAAGUUAGAUAUUGUUUGGAGAAGUAAUUUGGGAGAAAGAGGAAGAUUACAAACAAGUCAAUUACAAAGAAUGGCACCGGAAUAUGGCGAUAUAAGAGUUACUAUGAAAAAUAUUCCUCUCGCAGUUUAUCUUGAACGAUCGAUGAAUUUUAAUUGUCAUAUAAUAAAUACG